GAUUCAUAAGCCCUAAUGAGCAAAGUAACAAAGUUCAAUCUGCACGUAGCCAAGUUUAUUAUGAUUUUAGUUCUAGGACCGGUUCUGUGUACACUGUCAGUCCUCUCUCUCAGUGUAAAAAUGGCGGCUGAUGAGAUGAAUGAAAGUGAAGUUAAACCAAAAUUGACGGAUUUAUUUACCUCAGACACUUUUCAUGAAGCUUUAAAUCGUCCCCUGGCUAAGGAAGAUAUUUGGUAUUUAGUCGACUGUCGGUGGUUCAAACAAUGUCGGAAAUAUCUUGGUUUCGAGGAACGGUCUGGUUUGGGGGCCGGGUCUGUAUCAGAGGCAGGAACAGAGGAGGCCCAUCCUGGACCAAUAGAUAAUAGUGACCUUAUGGACCCAUUAGCUCCCAGUGAAUUAAAAAAGCACAUGAUAGAAGAAAUGAAUUAUUGCAUGGUUCCUGCUGAUAUAUGGAACCCGAUGCAGGAACAGUUUGGUUUAGUAGAGGGACAGGAACCUUUACCAAGAACAGUCAGGGAGUAUGGUUUGUUUGUGAAGCACUGCAGGGUCGAGGUAUAUCUAACCGAGCUUUGUCUAGCUCUGAACUCAGAUCCAGAGAAUAAAAUCAAAAUGAAGUUUAGCAAAGCGGACACCAUAGCAUACAUCAUGAAUGAAAUGAGACGAGAGUUCAAUAUACCAGAAACAGCAAAGUGCAGAGUCUGAAGUAAAUACACUUCAUGUUAUGAACUUAUAGAAGGAUUAUCAUCUACAUAUCAGGU